UGUUUUGUGUUAAUUCGAAGAUGCGGAUUUAAAGCUAGGGGUAUUGUCACAGGUCGACAAAAAUGUCGAAAGUGUUUGUAGAAACAGUUUUAUAGUAUUCGUAUUGAAAUCAGAAUGUCAAGACACAGAAAUGUUCGUUCCAUGAACUACGAAGAUGAGUAUUAUGACGAAGAUGAUGUUUAUGGACACUCUAUAGAGGAUAACUAUUGCAUCUCACCAGGAACUGCUGCACAGUUUACAUACAAUCGUGAACGCAAUGUGGCACUGUCAAACUUCAUGGAUGAACAAGGAGGGAUCCCAGAGGAGGAUGAGAGUGAGGACACAGACGAGGGGACACCUCGAACUCAGCACCGUAGCUCACUCGAUUAUACACGCCCCAAACUCACUGAUGUUGAUGAAGCCAAGUUGAACUCUGUGUUAGAGGAAGUGAGGAAUGUGCUGGGAGAGGCCGUCCCGGAGGGUGUUAUGGUGGAUACUAUCAUGAGGCACAACUUCAGUGUGGAGGGAUCACUUAAUGAACUCCUUAAUUCGCAAGAGGCACCAAAACCCCAGAGAGAACCAAGAAAAGACCGCCGGAACAGAUCACAAGAACUAGAUGAUGAGAUAGACUGUGAUAAUUGUUAUAGUUUACAGGAUAAUGUGUUUUCUUACCUUCCAAAAACCACGGGGGGUGUUAUGAAGUUUGGGGACAGUGUUUCUCCCCAGUCCCCAUCUUUUUUGUUGCAGUCACAUGAUGUUUCAGUCAGUCCCUUGACAGAUCUCCCAACUGGUCACAUAGUUGUCAAACAACAGUGUGCAUCUUUUAAACGUCCAUUACAUUGUGGUCUGACAGAUGCAGGUAGUGCUACAGAUGGUAAAGAUGCCAGAAAGGUUGUAGGAGGCUUGUUUUAUAAUACACAGCAUGGUCAGAAUGUUCAAAGCCAAAAGUUAAGUGACUCUACAACAGGAGGUACAUCAACAGAUCACACAGAAGUUAAGCAGUCAUCACCAUUAGAAAAACAGCAUGGUCUCAGGAAGAAAGAAGCUAUUUCUACAGAACAAAAUAUGUCUCAGGAGUUGAAGGCCAAUACACAGUUACCUUUAUCUGAUUUAGCGAAAGAACAUUAUGCAAGCAACAUUCCUACUGCAAAGAAACCUACUCAGUCAUUACUGUCAGACUUAGCAGAGAGCCAGUUACACAAUUCCAUGCAUACAAGUACAUUGUCAGAAUUUAAUUCUCCAUCAGCUGUUGUCUCAGCUCAGAACAAAACAUCUGCAGUUUCAGUAGGUGGUAAAGAAGACAGUUCCAAAGAUAUUGUCAGUAAUAAAUCAAAUGAAACACAGAAUAAAUUAUCACUACCUUCAUCCUGUUUAACCAAAGCACAUCUGAGUAAGACUCAAGAUCCAUCCUCAGUACUGUCAAACUUAAGUACUGAGCAUAAGUCAAAAAUGUUACCUGCCCUAUCAAGAAUUACUUUAUCAUCCCUUUCAGGAUUAGCUAAAGCUCAUACGGACAACUCUUUGUCACAAUUAGCUAAAACACAUUCUGAAAACUCGUCACCAUUAUCACAGUUAGCAAAAACUAAUACCCAGAACUCUUCACCUUUGUCACAAUUAGCUAAAGCUCAUUCCGAAAAUUCUUCAUCUUUGUCAGGGUUAGCUAAAGCUCAUUCCGAAAACUCCUGUCCUUUGUCACAGUUGGCUAAAGCUCAUUCCGAAAAUUCUUCAUCUUUGUCAGGGUUAGCAAAAGUUCAAUCAGGUAGUUCUCUUGGUAGUUCUCCAGUAAGAUUGUCAUUAUCACAGCUAGCAGCAGCUGAUGGUGUGAAGACAUCACCUAUGUCAGCAGCUGGGAAGGAAAACAAAUCUGAUAACAAAGGGAAUCAGGAUGUUUGGCAGCAGAAGUCAGGCACUGCAUCAGAAAUGUUCAAGAACAAGUCAGACAAGGAGCAGAUCAUGAAAUCACUAAGUAGUUUGAUAGAGAAAAGAGACAAAAAGGGGGAUAAUGGUUUGAUAGAGAAAAGUGACAAAAUGGAAAAUGAAAUUAUUGUGACCAGGCAGAGCACUGCAUCAGAAAUGUUCAAGAAUAAGUCAGACAAGGAGCAGAUCAUGAAAUCACUAAGUAGUUUGAUAGAGAAAAGAGACAAAAAGGGGGAUAAUGGUUUGAUAGAGGAAAGUGACAAAAAGGAAAAUGAAAUUAUUGUGACCAGACAAUGUGCAAGUUUGAAAAGGACUGAAACAAAGAGAGAUGGUGAAAACCUUAAAGACAAAAACAAAGAGAGUGUUGAAUCAGAUAAUGAUGGUGAAACCAUUUUGGCUAAAGCGAAAGGUAUAUCCUUGGCAGAUCUUGCCACAAGAAAAGGUCCACAGUUAUUAAAGGAUACAAAAGAAAAACUUAAUUCUAAUAUUGAGAAUACAAACAAGGUGUCUAACUCAGUUGAAAAAGACAUAACUGUAGGAGGAUCAGAUGUAAUAUUAGCUGAUACCAAAAAGGAGUCAGAAGACUUGGAUUUGUCUGAUGGAAAGCUGACAUUCCUAGAUGAUGUGCAGGUGGAGAAUUUUAAAAAUCAUUUAAAAGGUCCAUCUGGUAUUGGAAACACCCUUUGCCUAGAGAUCAAGGUCAGACCAGGCAGAAAGAAAGGAAAGAGGUACAAACAGAAGAAGUUUAGUUAUAAAUGUCAGCUGAAGGGCUUGGGAGAGAUUCUUUGUGUUGAAAUGAACCAGAUUAAACCUUUUGACUUCAGUACACCCUCUCCUGAUGACAUAGUAAAAGCCAAGCAGAAACAAGCGUUCAAUAGGAGCGGAAAAUGAAAUAAGAUUUUAAUGCAAAACCGUUUCAAGCAGUGAAAUGAUCUCAGUUUGAUGUGUCGCAACAUAUAGAACAAAAUAUUUUUCCUACUAUUUUAAAUUUUUAGCUUGACUAUUUAUUGAGUAAGUAGGGCUAUUGCACAAAGUCAUUCAUCAGAAACUGUGUCUGCAUCUUCAUCCAAAUCUGGUUAAGUUUUAAUGUAAAGCUGCUAUCUUGGUAGCGUGUACUGCACAGGUUCUUUUACCCUUUUUCGCUUUCUUUCAUAAGUUACGCCCUUUUUUACUUUAAAUAUUCAUUUGUCUAUAUUUUUUAGUGACAAAGCUUUCGAAUAGUCUAGUGUAACAGUUUGUGUCCAGACUGCGUUCCUGUUUUUGUCUCUGACAGUACAAAUACCAGUCUGCUCAUGUACAUAAAUGUUGGGAGUAGUUUAAGUUUGAUUGCCUCUGUAUAUUAUUUAUUGGAUACUUCCUUCUAUUCAUGUUUAUACACUUCAAUUUAAAAUCAAAAUAUGAAAUUAUUAUGUAUUGUUUUUGUGCACUUGGCCAAAAUUUGUGGGGAGGAACUGGGCACUUAGAUUUGCUUCUGUCUGUAUGUCUGUCCAUCCAUCCAGAUGUUCAUCUCUUUGCAUUCUUGUUGUGCUUUUAUCAAAAUGUAUUUGACAUUGGAUCAUCAAACAUCAAAGGAUUGUUAUUCAGCAUGUGAAGCUUUGCACCAGGGGUUUUGUUUGGGAUUUCUUACAUGUGAUUAUGGCCAUUGACUUAUUCAAAUAGAUACAUUAAGGGUCAAAAUUUUUAUGGCCAUUGACUUAUUCAAAUAGAUACAUUAAGGGUCAAAAUUUUGUGUCACACUAAUCUCAAAAAAUAUUUGACCUACUGUCAUGAAAAGCAUGAAAGCAUAUGUAGGAAUAGUAUUUUCAGCAUGUGAAGAUGUGCACCUGAGAUUUUAUUUGGGAUUUCAUGUAGCAAAUCGGAGUUAUGGAUCUUGUCAGUCAAGAAUGAUGCAUUAAGGGCCUUAAAGUUUGUGCCAUAAUAUCUCAAGAAGCAUUUGACCUCAUGAAGAAGUUGUGCACUGCGGGGAGUGGGGUGUAUUUGUGAUUUACCCACUACUACUCCCUCAACACUCCAAAAAAGCGAAAUUCUCUUUUAUUUUAAUCAUUUAUAGUUUCUUUUAUCCUGUUUUCCUUGAUCAGGAAAUGUUUUUUUUGUACAUUGGUAAGAUCCUUACCUGUCAUUGACAGCUGGAGCAUGACUCCUGGUCCAUGUGUAUUUUUAUUCUCUCUGCUACUCAUUUGUCAGAAUCUUUGUCCAUUGGCAGUUAGAACAAAACAGUUAAUUCAGAACUUUCAUUGUCAGCUGAAUAUGACACUACAGGGUCAGUAAGUAGGGGCGUCGGUGUCCUGUAGACACAAAUUUAAUUAUUUUACUCUGAAAUAAUUUAUUUUUGAGAACAUGAAAUUUCAUGCUUUUGACAAAAAAAAAUGGCUAUUCAAUGGGGACACUAAUUAGUGGGAUUUAGAUUUUAGAAUGAAGUAGGUGGAAAAUGAUCAAUUUUAUUUUCGUAAUUUCUACAUGUUUAGUAUUAUUUUUCUUCUAAGUGAAAAAAUGGGGAGUGUUCUUCAUUACUGACUUUGCUAUCCGCAGUUUUGACAUAGCUUACCUUAUCUGAUUAUGUGCUAAUUUAUUUAAUUUACACUCUGUUCUAUUUUAUUGAUGGCACAAAGUUUCAAACAGUGACAAUUCAGAAAUGUGUAGACAUUUGCAUGACUGUAAUAAUGCAACAAAACCACUUGUACUUGUAUCAUAGCUAGGUGUUUUUUCUUAACAAAUUUGGUGCAGGUAAAUCGUAGACACUGAGUACAGGGUGCGGUAACUAAAAGUGUGCAGGUAUUUAAUACCCGCAUGCUAAUUACCGCACUGUUGGAUAGGAAAGUAUGCCAGCAUGUCUGGAACAGUAGACAGCGAAGUGUAUCUUAUUGAUUUUCUGCUCUCGCAUUGGUUUAUUUUACCUGGGCUUUACACAUUUGUAAAGCAAGGAUUUUAAGUACUCACUGAACUGCUGUAUAUGGCAAUGUGGAAUGCCUACAACUACCAUUUUUGGAUGGCUAUGAUACAAAACAGAAAGAACAUUAAAACUCUCGGAUAAACGAUUUAUACUCGGGGCUACGCCCCCUCGUACAAAUCGUUUACCCUCGAGUUUCAAUGCUCUUUCUAUUACUUACUUGAAUUCUACGCACUAUUAGCAAUGCAUUAAAGUUUGACAUUUUCAGGAUUUUUUUUUGCAAAUACUGGUAAAAGGAAUUGUCUAUAUGCACUUUUAUAAGUAUGAUUUGAAUAAAUGUUUCUAUUUUUGUUGAAAAUAAAACCUUUUAAUUUCAUAAUUAUUGUCUGUCUUAAAAUAAAGACAGCCAAGAUUAAUUAUGUACAUUGGAAAAAAUAAAAAAACGCAGCUUCCAUUUAUGGUAAAUAUUUCAUUUUUCAGCUUGUAUACAGAUAUUUUGAUACACAUUAAAUUUUAUUAAUACUCAUUAAAUGUUAUCUAAAAUGAUGUUUGUGUGACCAUAUGUAGCUUGUGUUAUAAUGCAUUUCAUACCAAAUUCAUAGCAUGUUUUUUAUGCCCCCACUUUGUUGGGGGUGGGGGGGAGGGGUGCAUAUAGAUUUGCCCUUGGCCGUCCGUCCAUCCGUCCUUCUGAGAAUGUUGUGUCGCGCCUAGCUCCAAAAGUAUUUGACGUAGAGUCACAAAACUUUACAGGAAUGUUGGUCAGCAUGUGUAGUCAGCAUGUGUAGUUGUGCACCUGGGGUUUUGUGUCCAGAUUCAUUCAGUCCGGUAGGAGUUAUGGCCCCUGACUUUGUAAAAAUUGGUCAUUUUAGUGUUAUGUUGCGCCUAGCUCCAAAAGUAUUUCACGUAGAGUCACAGAACUUUACAGGAAUGUUGGUCAGCAUGUAUAGUAAUGCACCUGGGGUUUCGCGUCCGGAUUCAUUCAGUCGUGUAGGAGUUAUGGCCCCUGACUUAGUAAAAAAUUGGUCAUUUUAAUGUUGUGUCGCGCGUAGCUCCAAAAGUAUUUGACCUAGAGUCACCAAAGUUUACAGGAAUGUUGGUCAGCAUGUGCAGUUGUGCACCUGGGGUUUCGCGUCUGGAUUCAUUCAGAAGUGGGGGCAUCUGUGUCCCAUGGGCACAUUUCUAGUUUUUCAAAACUUAAUGCUACAAAAUGGUUGAUAAUUGUUCAUAUAUAAAAAUAAACAUGUUGCUUCUUACAUUGAAAACUACCUAUUUUUGUUUGCUACUUUUGUUACAUUGAAAACAACUCAUUUUUGUUGCUACUGCUACUGUAUAUAUUAUGUUAAUUGAUAUUUGGUACUGAUUAAUUAUGGUAUGAAAUAAUAUUUUUUUAUAUUUAUACAAUUUGUAAUUUUGUUAUUAACUAAUUUAACAUUGUCAAAUACAUUGUCAGGAAAGAAAUAUUGUCAAAUAAAUUUUCAGGAAAGAAACACAA